CGGCAAAUCGCGGCGCGAGGGCGGGUGGACCUCCCCCUCUGCCUCCUCCCCGUUCCAGGCGCAGGUCCCCUGGGCUCUGCGCCGUUGUUUUCAGCACAGGGCAAAGCCGGCGCUUCAGAUCUAGGCAAGUGAACCAAGCCAGAGUUUUCCUUUCAGCACCUCGGACAGAGCACGCAGCAAAAAAUGGCUCCGAUCGCUACCAGCAGGGAAGAAUUUGAUGAAAUCCCCACAGUGGUGGGGAUCUUCAGUGCAUUUGGCCUGGUCUUCACGGUCUCUCUGUUUGCAUGGAUCUGCUGUCAGAGAAAAUCAUCCAAGUCUAACAAGACUCCUCCAUAUAAAUUUGUGCAUGUGCUGAAGGGAGUUGAUAUUUACCCUGAAAACCUGAGCAGCAAAAAGAAGUUUGGAGCAGAGGACAAAAAUGAAGUAAAGAAUAAAACAGCUGUGUCAAAGAAUUCAUUGCAUCUUGACCUUGAGAAGAGAGAUCUCAAUGGCAAUUUCCCCAAAACAAACCUCAAAGCUGGCAGUCCCCCUGAUCUGGAGAAUGUGACCUCGAAGCUCUUUGCAGAAGGGGAGAGAGAAGGGGUUUCCCCUGAUAGUUUAAAGUCUAGCACUUCCCUCAGUUCAGAAGAGAAACAAGAGAAGCUAGGAACCCUCUUCUUCUCCUUAGAGUACAACUUUGAGAAGAAAGCAUUUGUGGUAAACAUCAAGGAAGCCCGUGGCUUGCCAGCCAUGGAUGAGCAGUCGAUGACCUCCGACCCAUAUAUCAAAAUGACGAUCCUCCCAGAGAAGAAGCAUAAAGUGAAAACCAGAGUUCUGAGAAAGACCUUGGACCCAGCUUUUGAUGAGACCUUUACAUUCUAUGGGAUCCCCUACACCCAGAUCCAAGAGCUGGCCUUGCACUUCACAGUCUUGAGUUUUGACAGGUUUUCAAGAGAUGAUAUCAUUGGAGAAGUCCUUAUUCCUCUGGCAGGAAUUGAAUUGUCUGAUGGAAAAAUGCUAAUGAACAGAGAGAUUAUCAAGAGAAAUGUCAGGAAGUCUUCGGGACGCGGGGAGUUGCUGAUCUCUCUCUGCUAUCAGUCCACCACGAACACUCUCACUGUGGUUGUCUUGAAAGCUCGACACCUGCCCAAAUCCGAUGUGUCUGGACUCUCGGACCCCUACGUCAAAGUGAACCUGUACCAUGCCAAAAAGAGGAUCUCCAAAAAGAAGACUCACGUGAAGAAAUGCACCCCCAACGCCGUGUUCAACGAACUGUUUGUCUUUGAUAUUCCUUGUGAGGGUCUGGAAGAGAUAAGUGUUGAAUUUCUCGUUCUGGAUUCCGAAAGGGGAUCCCGCAAUGAGGUCAUCGGGCGUUUGGUCCUGGGAGCCGCCGUGGAAGGGACCGGCGGAGAGCACUGGAAGGAGAUCUGUGACUACCCCAGGAGACAGAUCGCCAAGUGGCACAUGCUCUGUGAUGGUUAGCAUUCUGGCCAAGCGUUGGGACUUCAUGGUUUUUACUAGGCAAGGAACAGUUCUUUUUUUCUUUCUGAUACGUGAUCGCAAGCUUGUGACAGCAAGCUGCCUUUUCUUCUUGUUGUUGUUGUUAGAAAUGGAUCAGAUUAACAGACCAGAAAGUAACUGUCAGUGUGUAUUCUGAUAGUGUCCCCCUUUACUAGAGACAUUGGAUCCAUUUUCAUAAGAUAUUUAACUUUAGCUGCAGGUUACCAGUGACACAAACAAGAGUGCUCAAGUGUUUUACAAACACUGUGGUACAAUUCCAUGUCGUGGCUGUGGUUUAGGAGGUGACACUCUCAUCGGAGCAUGUCACUGGAAGUUAAUGGGAUUGUGAAAAUUUAGGAAUGAAAAGCAUGUCUUAUGAAAAUUCAUCUCUUUUUCUUCUAGAGGGGAAGUCAAUUUUCUUUACAUCCAAAGAUAUUGAGAAAGUGUUUUCUAGUUUGUUUUUCUUAAUUAUGUCAUGUGCAAAUGGUGUCCUGCAUAUAAAAGUAUAUGGUCAUUACUCUUUGUUUUGUAAUUACUUGAUACGAUUCUGUCGUAAGAGGAGUAACAUAGGUUUGCUUCAAAAGGCCAGUGAACAAACUGAGUCAUCAUUUUAUCAAAGGGCUGAGUUAAGAACACUGUGGCUGAAAUAUGAUUUUUCUCCCCCCUUAAGGUUAUAUGUGAGUCAAACGUUGUAAAAUAUAAUCUCACAUAAGGACCAUGGCCUUGACUUAUUUACUGCCUAUUACAAGCGUCAGUGUGGUCUUAGGAAGCCCUAUUUACCUUUGUGAAGUUGUCGAACUAGCUAGUGGGUACAGAUAGAAACUUCAGGUAGAAAUCCAGUUAGAGAUGCAGUUUUCUCGUAGGAAAUAUGUAAAGUAUGGCAGUGUACACUCAAGGCCUUCUCUUGCACACGGAGGGGGCACAGCUAAGUCUUCAAGUUGCUCUCCAGAAAAGACUAAGGUUCUAUUUGAAAAGAAACAAAUGAAGACUGAAGUUUUAACCACUGCCAGACGGAAAGCAUUAAUUACUGAAACCAAGAGGAAGAAGUUGUUAUACAGCAAGCCUAAUACAAUUUACAUAUGUUCACACAAAAUCUAUUUAGGCUGCCAAAUUAGCACAAUAAAGAAUGUUUCACUAACUUUCCUCAGCUGAUUUGUCUUGAGCUGUUUUCUGUGGAACAGUUUAUAGGCAGACUUGUGUCUUAACACCGUUUCUCCAGUGCCAGGGACCUGCAAUUCAUUAAGAACCUAUUAGAGUGAAGCAGUGCCCUGCGAAUGAACUUGAGGUAACGUUACUAUCUUGAAGUAUUCAGAGAUGUAUGGGUGAAACUCGGGUACAGUUGAAGUAUUAAUUAUGCAAGUUAGCAAAUGAAGUCUACUGAAAAUUUUACAUUUUUGAGUCAGGUUUUGUGUCAGUACUCUAGCCGUUUUUUGAGAAUGUGUUUGAUAUCUCCGUGUUUGUAAAUUCUAUGACAAUGCAUUUUCAAAACAACUUCUACAUGCUUUUUAUGACUAUGCCUAAUGUAUAGAAAAAAGUUUUACAUGUACAAAAAUUGAAACCGACCUCUUUUUGUGCUUUAAGAUGACUUUGGGAUUGAAAUGACCAUUCCCCAAUCAUUUCCUUCAUUCCACCACACAGUCACCUAUCAACAUCUUGGUCCACUCAGCAUUUUCAUGAAAGCAAAACGAAGUGAAUUGUAGUCAGUGUGUGGUUUGGGGAAAUCAAUGGCCUUUUAAUGUAUGUAUAUUUGGUACAUGGGCCAUGCACUGUAAUACAUGUUGGAGCUCUGCACAUGUGUGAGGGGUCAACCCGAAGUACCCUUCACAGCUGCCAGAAGUUAGUUGUGGUACCAAGUGAGGGGUGGUUGCUGGAAAGGGGGGAUAAUUUUUUUAAGUGGAACAACAAAACCAACAACACAUACUUUUGAAAUUACAAUGAUAAUUUGUAAAUAGUUUUUAGUUAUUAAAACUUCAAGUGUUUUUCGCGUGUGAAAAGUUGAGUAGAACUAUUUGCAACUGCUUUCAAGAAAAGAAAGAAGAAAAACUAAAAAGGAAUUGAAACAGGCAGGGGUGUGUGUGAUCUCAUCAUCUUCUGAUAGUUGUACUGUUUUAUGACACAUUAAAAUAUCAAUGUGGAUACCCUGAAUUCUGUUGCAAAUCCUGCACUGUAUUAAACAUGUAAAUUAAUUGUUCGUCUGAUUAGCCAAUCUGACCACUCCAGUGGCGAGGUACUUGCUUUUGAAGAACUGUGUAACUCAGUAGCCGACUUGUUCUGAUGUUGUAACUCAGUAGAAGUGAUUUGGAAGGAAGCAUGGCGUAUGAGAUGGUGUCUGUUCUUUCGUGCCAGCGAUGUAUGAUGUUUGUAAGACUAUGUUUGUAAGACAUGAAUAAACUGCUGCUUUUGCCCAA